AAAAGAUAAGCAUUUCGUAUGUCUGAAAUCUCCACCAUAGGUAGAGAUGAUAGCUACAGUUGCCAUUAUAAAGCCUGGCUAUGAAACCCACCGAAAAUAAACAAUUAACUGCUUUAUCAUUCAUCAUCAAAACCAGACUAUAAAAAGUUGACGUGCUUGCAACACAUAUUGGAGCAAUAAUGACGACAACAGCAGCCGUGGGAGUGGGGGUGAGGGCGUUAUUGAUCGUAUUGUUUUGUGUGAUGGUAGCUGUGUUUGCUAACCUAUUUGCCAUUCAUGGUUUUAUUUCUUGCUUUGACUUCAGCGCCAGGUGGGGGGUGGCAAUCCUGAUGGAGUUUUCCGUAUAUCCUGUUGUUAUGGGCUCGUGGUUUUUCUACAAAGAAUCAGACUGGAUCAACACAACUAUUUUCACUGGCUCGCUGUUUAUUUUGGUAAGCCUUCUUAGCAUUGGAUACAUCCUUCUUCAGUUCUUCAAGUUAUCACGUGAAGAAUCUUCGACAAAUCCAUUGUAUUUUGUGUUAGUGAGACAUCAUAAAAGGGAAAACACCUCGAGAAUCCCUGUUGUAACUGUAAGAGCAAUCUAUUCUGCACUAGCAUUUUUGACGAUGGGAGCUUUAAUUUACACUCUUAUUAAAGAUAUAUCUGGCUCAUAUGCUGAUGCAUUCACAAAGUGUUUUUUAGCAAAUAUGGCAGACCUCUAUAUCCAUGCUGUGAUGUUUGCGGUGUGGAUAGCAUACAAAGAAUCAAGUUGGCUAAUAGCUUCCUUAUGGAUAAUUUCACUUUUAUGUUUUGGGAGCAUUACUCUAUGUGUAUACAUAGUUAAGCAAUUGUUCAGCAUCUCACCCGAGAAACCGGCUUCAUGUAUCAUUUUCAGUAGCAGUGACAUAUGUUUGCAGUCAAGUGAGCUAUUAUUCGCAUCACAUGCCAAUGUAUAAAUAUGUCUCGCUAUCUACAAGUUGUUUGUUUUUCUUCAUUUGUUAUUAAUCUUCGGUCUUCUUAUUUUCUUAAUAAUGAUGUUAUCUAAUAUUUUAUCUAUCA